AUGAGAUGGGGAGCUCUGGUCCCUACGCUUCGGUUGAGAGCGGCAGCUGGUGGACCCCCGGACGUGCUGGUUGUACAAUUGGGCGAGAAUGACCUGGGACAGAUGCGCAGCAUCGACCUACGGGCGGCGGCAUCUGAUGACCUGCGCACCCUGGCGGCGGAAUGGCGCAACACUGGCCUCCUGUGGUCUGACCUGCUAGAAAGACGGUCCUGGCGAGGUGCAGUGGAUCCAGUGAAAGUGGACAGGGCCAGGCAGAAAGUCACGUCAGCGUUGGGGAAUGUAGUCAUCGCUGUGGGUGGUCAGGGUCUUGGAUCUAAGGACUGUCCUGUGACCGGCCCUUCCCGGGGCAUCGCAGACUCGUCCCCACUCCCACCGCUCACCUGGCACCCGGGAGAACCGGGAGGCGGCCGCAUCAACCCGCAAGCAAGGAAGGGAGACGGGGUCUGGCCGGGAAGGAGGCCGAAUGGCCGGCGCCCGGACGGGGGAUCAAGCAGAGGUCCCGGGGAGAUGCGCUGUCCAGAGCCGGCCAGAACCCCGGAACGCGACGGACCGCUGCUGGAUCAGGUGCCAGGAACCGCGCCCAUCAGCCAGCUGAGUGGCGGCAGGAACCAGAACAGCAAUGAUGCUCAUAGCUCCCUAUUGGCCACAGUGUUUUCUGUUUCCCAGUCUGUGGAUUACUUCUGCUGGGGAUUUGGGAUACUUCCUCAAGAAGAGGAUCAUGAGAUGCCUACAGUUACAGCAAUCAGCCAGCAGGAGUCAGCAAAAGCUCUCUGCAGAGAGUUGGAAGAUUUACCUGUAGGCUUUGAUACAGUGGACCAUGACAUCUUGUUAAGGCACACGGGGCAGAAGAAAGACGAGUUGUACAGAGAAAUAGUGGAAGAAAUGUCUAGACAGGAAAUGAUAAGUAGAAAUGAAACUUUUACUUCAGUGCCAGAUUUCACAUCCUAUCUAUUAGGAGAAUGGACAAGUAUUGAUGGUUUCCUGAUUCUUCAUAUGGUUGUAAACUUGACAAUGAUCUUAGCAGUCAUUUCAAUUACUGUCCCCUUUAUUCUAACUGGUGUUUGUUAUACUAGUGCAUUUUUCGUACUAAUAUAUCAGAAAGUUAACAAACUAAGCAAUGAUUAUUCUAGUACAUCGUGGGACAAUGCCAGACUAAUUAUUGCUCACGGGCUCACCGGACUUGGAAAAAUACUGCAUGGAUAUGAGAUUCACGGUACAGAAAAAAUACCACAAGGGCCAGGUCUCAUUGUUUACUACCAUGGAGCUAUCCCUAUUGAUUACUCAUUUUUUUUUGCUGAUCGACUUAUUAAGAAGGGGCAACGCUGUUAUUCAGUAGUCGAUCACUUUCUCUUUAGAUCACCAGGUUUAAAAACAUUAUUAAGGAUAAUGAAUUUCACAACAGGUCCAAGAGAAGAAUGUCUGAACAUUCUUAAGAAUGGCAAUUUAUUAGGUAUUUCACCAGGAGGAGUUCGAGAAGCUUUGUUUAGUAACAGACGCUACAAACUUCUAUGGGGCAAACGUACAGGCUUUGCUCAGCUAGCUAUUGAUGCUAAAGUGGCCAUCAUCCCAAUGUUUACAGAAAAUGUCCGUGAUGGGUAUAGGACACUUGGAUAUAUAUGGCCAUUGAGAUGGCUGUAUGAGCGCACUCGAUUACCACUUGUUCCUAUUUAUGGAUUUUUUCCUGUCAAGUUUCGAACACAUAUAGGAGAGCCCAUACCUUAUGAUCCAAACAUAACUUCUGAUGAACUAGCUAAGAAGACAAAAAUUGCAAUAGAAGCUCUAAUACGCAGACACCAAAAAAAAUCUGGAAAUGUAAUAACAGCUAUUUUGGAUAGAUUUCAUAAGCAACAGAAACCAGACUAA